AUGCUCUCUAAUAUUGGAUUUGGGUUGCAUAAGAUUCACGAAAAUAAUUAUUGCCAUAAAGAUUUUCAUAGUGGCAAUAUUUUGAAUAGAAUUUACGACAAAGAAAGCUUUGAUUCGACAAUUUCUGACUUUGGUUUAUGUCGCCCAGCUAAUGAAAAUUUAGUCGAUCAGUCACUAUAUGGAGUCUUGCCAUUUGUGGCGCCAGAAGUAUUACGUGGAGAAAAGUUUACUAAAGCAGCAGACAUCUAUGGGUUCGAACCACCGUUUAUUGACAGAGAGUAUGAUGUUCACCUAGCACUCGCUGUAUGUGGUGGUGAACGUCCGCCAAUUCCAAACUAUGCGCCCGAACCAUAUAUCAAAUUAAUGAAACAAUGUUGGAAUCCUAUUCCUACUAAUCGCCCAACUGCCUAUGAGUUGUACGAAGAACUUCAUAAGUGGUGGAAUGAAUUUCACCAUGAUCAUGUUUUACUACAAUCAUUUACCAAAAAGCGAGAAAAAAUGUGGAGAGCACGAUUAAGGGAGUUGAAGGGAAACCCACGACCCCUAAUGGCAUCACAGAAUUUGCUUACUAGCAAAUGCCUUGAUUAUGCCGGACAACUAGGAAUGAAUGUCGUUAAUAAAAUCGGAACAAGUAAUGAAGCAUAUAUUACUCGUCAAUUUGACCUAUCGCUCACUCUUGAAUCGAAGAAUUUGAGCAAUAUGGAUAAUCAAUAUUAA